AGGGUGUUGAUAUAUACCAGUGUAUAUAAAUACAUUCCUUAAUUAAGCUAUUAAAUCUUUUAAAUAUUAAAAUUUAAGACAUAAAGUUUUCAUUUUGCCACACUGGAUUAUUUCAGUACAUAAACUAAAGUUUUAAGUAUGAUUACUGCUUUACUAACUGUCGCAAGCUUUGUUUUGCAAAGAGCUACCUCACAAAAUAUAAAAUUUUUUAUUUAUCAAAUAGUUUUUAUAAGCUUAACAUUUUCUGUUAUUAUCUGGUUAGCGGUGUUUUUCUAUGGAGCGUUUUAUUAUUCGUACAUACCUGCUGUUACCCAUGUUCGUCCUGUUCAUCUGCAGUUUGAUACAUCCUGUGGUGUGGAAGUUUGUAGCUUUCCAUCUGCCUCAGUUCCAUUAGUCAGUCGGGUGCAAGAUCAUCUACUGAAACGUGGCCAGUCUUACAAAAUAUAUUUGGAAAUAGAAAUGCCAGAAUCAGAAGUGAACAGAAACUUGGGGAUGUUUAUGGUGAAACUAAAUCUGUAUUCUGUUACUGGAGAAGUAGUGAGUUCAUCAUAUCGGUCGGGGCUUUUGAAAUAUAAGUCGAACCUCUUUAGAGUCAUCCAUACCUUCUUUUAUAUGCCUCUGCUGUUGCUAGGUGCUAGACAAGAAAAACAGAUGGCAGUCAUUACUUUCUUUGAAAACUAUCAAGAACAUCCAGAAAAGCCUGCUGUAAAUGCCUAUGUGGAAAUACAGAGUAAAGUUAUCCAGAUCUACUCGGCUACAUUGAAGAUUCAUGCUGAUUUUCAAGGGCUCAGGUACUUUAUGUUUUACUGGCCAGUCAUCUCAGCCUUUGUGGGAAUCAGCACAAACAUUUUCUUCCUCAGUUUAAUAGCUUUUUUAUCUUGGUACCGUUUCAUACUAUGGAGUAAACAGGCUAGUGAGAACAUUCUUCUAAUUUCAAAUCCAGCUAAUGGUGUUUUGGUACCAACCUAUGAGGCCAGCAGCAAUGGCUUUAAUGAUCAUCGAUUACAAACACAUUCUUCACCUGAUCUUCAGCUCGGGUGCGACGAUCUAUACAACACCGAAAAGCCACAACAUACCACUAGCAUUGCAUGUAAUACUGCUGACUCCACAUGGGAUCAUGUUAGUGAAACUGACUCUCAGGAAGCGGUAUUUCAUAUAGAUCACCACAUGGAAGAAAUACUGAAAACUAGUUUUGAUAAACAAGCAGAAGAAAGUGAUGUAACAUCUUCAAAUGAAUCUUUAGUGUGUACAGAUGAUGUGCCAGACAAGUUAAACCAACAUCACCUAAUUUACUGACCAUGAAUUGGCUAGACCAGAGAUUUAGCCAAUCUCUGAAUUGUGGCAUCAUCACAGUUCUUAAAGAGAUUAGUUUUUCUUGUUAUUAUUUAUUAAGUUGUUUUUCUUACUUUCUGUUAUUAAUGGAAGAUGACCAGAAUUUCUCUUUAUAAUGACAGCUACAAGAAUUGUAUAUUUAUGGAUAAGAAAAUACCUUGUAUUUGAUUCUUCUUUAGCUGUAGCAAUGGUCUUGUUAAGUCAUUGAUUUUAACAUUUUUAAUUUUGAAAUAUACUUAAAUUAGUGACUUUAACCCUUUCCAUACUUGUGAGUACCUUUCAGGUGUCAAGUGCACACCUGCAUAUCAAAUUCCCCCCUGGUGAGUCAAAAGUCAGUUUAUAAACUUACAGUGCCAAAAUCUGGGGUUCAAUACCCCAUGAUGUACAGAGUGCAGAUAGCUUAUUGUGUAGCUUUGUGCUAAAAAAAC